AGCGUGGAGGGCGCAGUCUAGAAUGUUAAUGUUUUAAGUCACAUGAUAACUUUCAUUCCAGUUGCACUAAGUGUAAAGGCACCAUAUGCAAAAAAUGGCUAAAAAAGAAAUGAUUAAACCACUUUUGGGAAACGAGAGUGAAAUUCAUCAUUGUGACCUCCAGAAAGUUGAUGUUGGCAUUCUGGGAACUGGAGACUUUGCUCGCUCGUUGGCUACACGACUGGCAUGUUCUGGUUACGGUGUAAUUGUAGGAAGCCGACAUCCUAAACGCACUGCAGCUUUGUUUCCAACUGUGAAUGAAGUUACCAGUCAACGAGAAGCCAUCGGCAAGGUCAACAUCAUCUUUGUAGCAGUGAACCAUGAACAUUACAGUACAUUGAGUGAUCUUAAAGAUGUACUGACUGGGAAGAUUUUGGUGGAUGUCAGUAACAACAUGGAAAUAAAUGUGUAUGAGGAAUCAAAUGCUGAACACCUUGCCUCUUUGUUCCCAGACUGCACAAUUGUGAAAGCAUUUAAUGUCAUCUCAGCCUGGGCUUUACAAUUUGGAGCAAGAGAUGGGAAUAAACAGGUGCUGAUCUGCAGUGACAGCCAGGAAGCUAAAUGUGUAGUGACUGAAAUGGCACGAAAUAUGGGAUUCAUUCCUGUGGACAUGGGCUCAUUGUCAACUGCAAAAGAAAUCGAGAAUCUUCCACUUCGCCUUUUUCCUUCCUGGAAAACACCUGUUCUGCUUGCACUAGGCUUAUUUAUUGGCUUUUAUAUCUAUAACUUCAUCAUAAGUGUUAUUCACCCAUACGUAGUGAAAGGACAGAACAAGUUUUACAAAAUCCCAAUUGAGCUAGUUAAUGUCACUCUGCCAUGUGUUGCAUUUGUGAUGCUGUCCCUUGUUUACCUACCAGGGGUCCUAGCAGCCAUCUUUCAGCUCCGUAAUGGCACUAAGUACAAACGUUUUCCACGUUGGUUAGAUCAGUGGCUUCAGCAAAGAAAACAGCUUGGUCUGUUGAGCUUUUUCUGUGCUGCAUUGCAUGCAAUCUAUAGCCUCAGCCUCCCUAUGCGCCGGUCUGCACAUUACAAGCUGUUGAAUGAGGCUUUUAACCAGGUCAAAAAUGAGAGAGAAAAUGCUUGGGUCGAGGAAGAAGUGUGGAGGAUGGAAAUUUACCUUUUCUUUGGAAUUCUGGGCAUUGGCAUGCUUUCACUGCUUGCUGUGACCUCAUUGCCAUCAGUGGCAGGUUCUCUGAACUGGAGAGAAUUUAGUUUCAUUCAAUCAAGAUUUGGAAGCGCUGCAUUGGUGAUCAGUACGCUACACACACUGACGUUUGGAUGGUCUAAAGCCUUCGAUUCAGCCCAAUACAAAUUCUACCUGCCACCUCCCUUUACAAUUGCUCUCAUUGUGCCUUGCAUGGUGCUUGUGGCCAAAGUAUACCUGUUCCUUCCUUUUGUCAAUCGCAAACUAACACGAAUCAGACGUGGCUGGGAAGCUAAUCGCCAAGUGAAGUUCUGCCAGGAUGGUGAUGCCAGCCAAUUUUCAAAUGACCAUGCAGAGAACACUAGCAUCGUUUAAGUACUAUCUCUGCAGAAUCUCAUUUUUUGAAAAUUUGCAGUUUUCCCAAUUGAAGCACUAAUUCUAUUUCUAGAGUAUUUUAUAAGUUAUAAAUAAAAGCUGACAUGCUUGUUAAAGAA